GGGUUGGUGACGGGGACGGAAGAACAGAGAAAGGCGGGGCUGGCGGUCGCGCCGGGAGCUAGCAUAGCUUCUGCCGUUAGGGCACCCUCUUUCCUUGCUAAACACCGACACUCCCGUCAUCCUCCAUGUGCUGUUGUGUGCGCGCUUCCCAGUUUUCUUGAGAGAAGAUCUCGAAGGAUUUCAUAGGAAAAUAAACAUUGCAGACCUCAAAGAAUAUGUCUUCAGACCCCACCUUGUGGAAGAGUGGUACCUAAGUAUGUCUGCUUGGAAGGAUGAUUCAUUUCCCCUAGGAACAAAGAAGACCAUUUUGUAAUGCCCAUAGUUGUGGUUCCUUAUAUUGCUUCACUUUUAAUAGUUAAGUUGCUUUUACAGAAUUAACAGGUCUCCAAGAAAUAAUAAAAGGUCAUUAUUGCUGUGGUUUGAGCUCAGCAUGGCUGUAGUCAUCCGUUUACUGGGGCUUCCUUUUAUUGCGGGGCCUGUGGAUAUUCGUCACUUCUUCACGGGAUUGACUAUUCCUGAUGGAGGAGUGCAUAUAAUUGGAGGGGAUGUUGGGGAGGCUUUUAUUAUUUUUGCAACAGAUGAAGAUGCAAGACGUGCCAUAAGUCGUUCAGGAGGGUUUAUCAAGGAUUCAUCUGUAGAGCUCUUUCUUAGCAGUAAGGCAGAAAUGCAGAAGACUAUAGAAAUGAAAAGAACUGAUCGCAUAGGAAGAGAGCGACCAGGAUCUGGGGCAUCUGGGGUUGGCUGCUUAUCUAAUUUCGUUGAGGGUAUUAAAGCAGCAAGUAAUUCUGGAUAUGGCUCUCCGAUUAAUCAAGAUUCUGGGUUUCAUACUAACGGUACAGGACAUGGUGAUUUGAGGCCAAGAAAGACACGGCCACUGAAGGCAGAGAAUCCUUACUUGUUUCUACGUGGUUUGCCUUACUUAGUAAAUGAAAAUGAUGUACGUGUCUUUUUCUCUGGUUUGUGUGUGGAUGGAGUAAUUUUCUUAAAACAUCACGAUGGCCGAAAUAAUGGUGAUGCCAUAGUAAAGUUUGCUUCAUGUAUUGAUGCUUCGGGAGGUCUUAAAUGUCAUAGAAGUUUUAUGGGUUCAAGAUUUAUAGAAGUAAUGCAAGGCUCAGAACAACAGUGGAUUGAGUUUGGUGGUAGUGCAAUUAAGGAGGGUGAUAUUCCUUUGAGAACUGAAGAACAUUCUCCACUAAGAGGAGUAAAUGAUAGACAUUUUCGGAAACGAUCUCAUUCAAAAUCUCCCAGAAGAACACGUUCUCGUUCCCCUCUUGGAUUUUAUGUUCACUUAAAAAAUCUGUCCCUAAGUAUUAACAAGAGAGACUUAAAAAACUUCUUUAAAGAUACUGAUCUGACUAAUGAACAGAUUAGGUUUUUAUAUAAGGAUGAAAGAAGAACAAGAUAUGCCUUUGUGAUGUUUAAAACUCUGAAAGACUACAACACUGCUCUGGGUUUACAUAAGACUGUUUUACAAUAUCGUCCAGUUCUUGUCGAUCCAGUUUCUAGAAAACAGAUGCUGAAGUUCAUUGAAUGUUAUGAAAAGAAAAGACCAGCGUCAAUAGAGAAAGAGAGGCUUGGACAUGUUUCACAAAAAUACUCUCAAGGCUACUCUGGCCAAAAACUGUGCAUAUAUAUAAGAAAUUUUCCAUUUGAUGUUACAAAAGUUGAAGUUCAGAAGUUCUUUGCAGACUUUUCUCUUGAGGAGGAUGACAUUUACUUGCUUUAUGAUGACAAAGGAGUUGGUUUGGGUGAAGCAUUGGUGAAAUUCAAAUCAGAAGAACAGGCCAUGAAGGCAGAACGUUUAAACCGUCGAAGAUUCUUGGGGACAGAAGUAUUGUUAAGACUUAUAUCUGAGGCACAAAUGCAAGAAUUUGGUGUAAACUUACUGCCCACCAAGAGAAUGCAAGACCAUUCACAGUCGUGUGAUAGAGAUGACCAUUCCCAUUCAUUUGACUCAAAUGAUCUACCAGUGUUCACAGUGGGCCUUUCUGAAAACUUUAAACAUCAGCAAGAGGACUUGAGGCAACUGGACAACUUCAGGCAUACCCAGGGGGAUUUCCGACAGCCUGAUAGGCGCCCUCCGGAAAACUUUAGACAUUCCCCAGAGGACUUCAGGCACCCUUGGGAGGAACAUUUCCGGAGGCCUCCUGAAGAGGACUUCAGAUGCCCCUGGGAGGAGGACUUCAGGCACCCUAGAGAGGAGGACUGGAGGCGGCCACCUGAGGAGGAUUUCAGGCGGCCUCCCAAGGAAGACUUCAGGCGACCCCCUGAAGAAGACUGGCGGUGGCCCCCGGAGAAGGACUGGAGGCGGCCACCUGAGGAAGAUUGGAGACGGCCCCAUGAGGAUGACUUCAGGCGGCUUCCCCAGGCAGAAUGGAGGCGACCACCAAAGGAGGACUUCAGGCGACUUUCAGAGGAAGACUUAAGGAAACCUCCCGAGGACUAUAGGCAUUCUCCUGAGGAUUUCAGGUGCUCUCCUGAGGAGGACUUAAGGCGGCUGCCUCCCGAGCACUUCCGGAGGCCGCCCCACGAGCAUUUCCGGCGGCCGCCCCAGGAGCAUUUCCGGCGGCCGCCUCAGGACCAUUUCAGGCGCCCCCUAGAGGAAGAUUUCAGGCACCCACCGGAUGAAGAUUUCAGAGGUCCUCCAGGUGAGGACUUUAGGCACCCUCCUGAUAAGGACUUCAGGAGCCCUCAGGAGGAAGAUUUUAGAUCGCCUUCUGAUGAGGACUUUAGGCGGCUCCCGGAGGAAGACCUCAGAGAACCUCUGGAGGAGGACCCUAGACUUCCUGAAGAUUUUAGACCUCCUGGUGAGGAGUUUAGGAGCCCACCUGAUUUUAGAAGUCAUCGCCCUUUUGUGAAUUUUGGUCGCCCAGAAGGUGGCAAGUUUGAUUUUGGAAAGCGUAAUAUGGGAAGUUUUCCUGAGGGGAGAUUUAUGCCUGAUCCAAAAUUAAAUUGUAGUUCAGGUAGAGUAACACCUAUUAAGAUAAUGAAUCUUCCAUUUAAAGCUAAUGUUAAUGAAAUUCUAGACUUUUUCCAUGGUUAUAGAAUCAUACCUGAUUCAGUUUCGAUACAGUAUAAUGAGCAAGGAUUACCUACAGGAGAAGCCAUUGUUGCCAUGAUAAACUAUAAUGAAGCUAUGGCUGCUAUUAAAGAUUUAAAUGAUAGACCAGUUGGCCCGCGCAAAGUGAAGUUAAUUUUGCUCUAGAGGGCUUCUAAAUUCAGAGUUACUUACCCACAGUAUUGGUGCAGUAAAAUGCAUUUAUGUUUUUAUAAAAGUGUUUAUUUUUAAUUAUCUAUGAAAAGAAACAUUUAAAAUUUGACCUGUGAAUAGAACAAAUGUAAAUAGUAGAAUGUGAGUUUAGUUUUCUUUUGCUUGCAAAUUGCCAUUUACUUUUUCUAAUUUAAAAUUAUAUGUGCUUUCUUUUUGACCGUGGGGGAGAGGACUAAUUCCCUGAGUGCAUUAAUUUUUGUUGAUGUCAUGGGUAAACCUCAAGACCUGUAUAAAGUAGAGCUGUAUUUGGGAAAGAUAAAUUUUAUAUUCACUUUUGUUUGCAUUCUGUAGUCUACAUCUUUUACUCAAAAUGUAUAUGGAAAUGGUCAGUAACUGAUUGUUCAGGUUUAGCAUUUUCAUUGCUAAUUGCCUGCAGAAUUAAUGCCCUCUUCCUUGUCUGAGAUAUUACUGUGUUAAGCCUCUCAUUAAUAAUAGUUCAAAAUGAACUGACUGUGAACUUGAAAUUUACUUAUGUAAAAGGCUUAGGAGAUUCUUAGUUUCUAUGUUCAUAAUUUGCUAAGUUUUAUAAAAAUAAAAAAAUUGCAACUGAA